AAAUAAAAAAUAUUCGUUUCAUCGGCAAGUCUCUGACGCCAAUUCCUGGUUUCGAUUCUCACUUUCCACUCUAAAGACCGAUCUCUAUCAGAACACUCGUACGAAUUGGUUGAAUCGCUCUUUUGCUUGGCUAAAAACAAGGAGUGAUUCGGGGUCUCAUCUUGCUUGCAUCGCCUGGAUUUCACCUCAGUUUAGUUGCAGUUCCUACGCCAAGUUCCAUUAUUGAAUCCUUUGUCCCCCUCAGGCGAAGAAUCUCCUUCAAGAUUUCAGCGAAUCAAAGAGCCCAAGUUUCAAAAUUUCUUCUUUUUUUAUUCUGCUUAACUUCUGUGCUGGUGGGAUGGAUCGUUUUCUCUCUGAUUCACAUUGAAUUGGAAUUACUACCCUACACAGAUGAGAUGGAUGAUGGAGAAAUAUACCAUUCCAGCAACAUUUUCUUCACCAGUCCUUCCAUAUCAAGCUGUUUAAACUUUGAUGAAUUGAGGAACACCAAGAAAUGCACCCACACCCACACCUGCAACCCCCCAGGACCAGCCAUUCCAACUCACACCCACACCUGCUACCACACUCAUACACAACUCCUCUCCGCUGGUGAAGAUGAUGUAGGAGGAGAAAACGAGUUGAAGAAGCCAAAGAAGAGACUUUUGGGCAAUAGAGAAGCUGUGAAGAAAUACAGAGAGAAGAAGAAGGCACAUGAAGCUUACUUGGAGGAGGAAGUGAAGAAAUUGCGCUGUAUAAACCAGCAAUUGUUGAGGAGAUUGGAGAGCAAGGCUGCGCUUGAGGCUGAAAUCCUCAGGCUUAAGAGCCUUCUGGUUGAUCUGCGAGCUAAGGUUGAUGCUGAGCUUGGUCUUUACCCUCUUAAGAUGUGUGGCAGAGAAAACUUGCGGUGCGGCGGCCGUGGUGAGUGUUUAAUGGGGGAUUUGGAGGUGGUGGGUGGGGAACGAAGCUCUGUUCCUGCAGUUUUGGAUUCUCAGAUCAGGCCUAAUGCAGAUUUGUCUCUAAAUUUGGAGGUUGUUGAUGGAGUGCAGGUUGGAGGGAGCAUGUUAUUAGCUCCCUUUCAGGCUAAUUUAAUGGCAUGAGGGUUGGGAAAUUUGAUUCUGAAACUAUUUUGUUUUCAUUAUCAUUUCUUGACCAUGUCCGAAUUGUUAUGUUAUAGCUGUAUUAUAUAUGUUGAGAACAUGGCUGUUAAAUGUUAGGCUCAAAGAAGAAUCAUCAGCCUUCC